AUGGUUUUAGUUACUAAAGUAAGUUUUUUGAUGUGGAGUGCGAAAUAAAUUUGGUAAAAUUCAACAUUUGAAUUUGAAAUUGACAGUUUCGGAAAAAAAAACAUUUUUUUUUUCAGGGAGACUUCAUUUGGAUAGAACCUGGUAAAUCCGAAGGUUCUAUUCCGAUCGGAGCACGUGUUAUUGAUCAAGAUCAUGGACGGUUGAAAGUAAUUGAUGAUUUGGGAAAAGAACAAUGGCUGUCUGCAGAUCGACGAGUUCGAAUUAUGCAUCCAACAUCAGUACAAGGUGUUGAGGAUAUGUGUCAACUCGGAGAUUUUCACGAAAGUGCUAUCCUUCGAAAUUUAUUCAUUCGAUAUCGCGAGAAAUUGAUUUAUGUAAGUUUCUAUUGCCUUGAGAGAGUUCCGUGUUCUGUAAUUUCUUGUUUUUAAAGUUCAAAUGAGAAACUAUUACCUUCGUUUCUUCAAAAAAAAUGAAUUUGUUCCAGGCAUAUACUGGAUCAAUUUUGAUAGCUGUGAAUCCUUACAUGGAUAUUGCAAUUUAUACAGCUGAUGAGAUUCGAAUGUACAAACGAAAACGAAUUGGAGAAUUGCCUCCACAUAUUUUUGCGAUCGCAGAUAAUGCAUACACAAAUAUGCGAAGAGAAAAACGAAAUCAAUCAGUAAUUAUCAGCGGAGAAUCUGGAGCUGGAAAAACUGAAUCAACCAAACUUGUCCUUCAAUUUUUGGCAACAAUUAGUGGACAACAUAGUUGGAUUGAACAACAGGUUCUUGAAGCAAAUCCUGUUUUGGAAGCAUUUGGUAAUGCGAAAACUAUCAGAAAUGAUAAUUCAUCAAGAUUCGGAAAAUAUAUUGAUGUUCAUUUUAAUGAGAGUGGAAGUAUUGAGGGCGCAAGAAUUGAACAAUAUCUUCUCGAAAAAUCAAGAAUUGUAACACAAUCUGAAAAUGAAAGAAAUUAUCAUAUUUUUUAUUGUUUACUGGCUGGAUUGAGUCGCGAAGAAAAAGCUGAACUUGAAUUGGGAAAUGCGGCUGAUUAUUUUUAUUUGAUUCAAGGAAAAACAUUAACUGCUGAAGGUAGAGAUGAUGCUGCAGAUCUUGCUGAAAUUAGAAGUGCAAUGCGGGUUUUGAUGAUGAAUGAACAAGAAAUAUGGAGUAUUUUCAAGUUGUUAGCCGCGCUUUUGCAUAUCGGAAAUAUCAGAUUCCGUGUUAAUAGCAAUGAUAACAUUGAGAGUGUUGAUGUAUCUGAUUUUUCAACAUUGGUCAGAAUUUCGAAACUUUUACAACUUCGUGAGCAAGAUGUUUUAGAUGCUAUUACCACAAAAAGUUUGGUUACUCGAGAAGAAAGAGUUAUCUCAAGAUUAAAUGGUGAGUUAGAAUGACCGAAAAAUUUUAUGAAAUAAAUUAACACCAUACACUUGAAAACCUAGAGAAUGUGUUCAUAAAUCUUGUUUUUUUUCAGGACAACAAGCAAUUGAUGCUAGAGAUGCCUUAGCUAAAGCAAUUUAUGGUAAACUAUUCGUUCAUAUUGUUCGAAGAAUCAAUGAUGCGAUUUACAAGUAAGAAUUUUCUAACCCAUUCUAUUUCGUUCCAAUCAAAAAAACAAACAACUUUUAGACCAUCACAAGUUAAACGAACUUCGAUAGGAAUCCUUGAUAUUUUUGGUUUUGAAAACUUUGAAACAAACAGUUUUGAACAAUUAUGUAUCAACUAUGCUAAUGAAUCAUUGCAACAAUUCUUUGUGCAACACAUUUUCAAAAUGGAGCAAAAAGAAUAUGAUGAAGAAAACAUUAAUUGGCGACACAUUAAAUUUGUGGAUAAUCAAGCGACAGUUGACCUAAUCGCUCAAAAACCAUUAAACAUCUUAUCAUUGAUUGAUGAGGAGAGUAUAUUCCCGAAAGCAACAGAUAAGACAAUGUUGCUAAAAUUGCACGCAACACACGGAAAGAAUGAUUUAUAUCUUCAACCGAAAUCUGAACUUCAGCGAGCUUUUGGUAUCACUCAUUUUGCUGGAAAUGUGUUUUACAAUACUCGAGGUUUUUUGGAAAAAAAUCGAGAUUCGUUCUCUACAGAUUUAUCAGCAUUGAUUUCCUCAACAAAAAUGCCGUUCCUUUCAAGAUUAUUUGAUGAAGAUACUUAUGAUACAGUAGGAUCACGGAAAAAGUUUACUGUUGGAAAUCAAUUCAGAAAAUCAUUAGAACAAUUAAUGGGACAAUUAACACAUACUCAUCCAUUUUUCAUCAGAUGUAUCAAACCAAAUGAGCUAAAACGAGCAUUAGUUAUGGAUCGAGAUUUAGUUUUGAGACAGUUGAGAUACAGUGGAAUGAUGGAAACUAUUAAAAUUAGAAGAAGUGGUUAUCCAAUUCGACACGAUUAUUAUCCAUUUGUGUUUAGAUAUCGCGUUUUGGUACCAUCUUUGUGUGAGUGAAACUUAUUUUACAUAAAUUAAAAAAAAAUAAAUUAAAUGAGUAGAAAAAAAAAAGUUGGAAGAAAAACGCUCUGGCCUAGUAAACCAAUUUUUUAUUAUUCUCUUCCAACUGCCUAAUUUUUUUUUUCGCAUAGUGCGUCUCCAAACUUUUUCCUCAAUAAAAAAUUGUUUUAGAUGGUCCAAUCAAACGUCUUAAUCUCCAUGAAGCCGCCAAACAUAUCUGUCACAAAGUUCUCGGACAAAAUGCUGAUUAUCAAUUGGGUAAAACCAAAGUUUUCCUAAAAGAUCGUCAUGAUUUGAUCCUCGAACAAGAAUACUAUCAAACUCUUGAAGACAAAGCAAUUACAAUUCAGAAAAAUGUUAAAAAAUGGUUGGCCAAAAGAGAUUUUGAUAGACAAAGAGAAGCUGCAAUUGUUAUUCAAACUACUUGGAGAGGCUAUGAUCAAAGAAGACGCUAUAAACAGGUAAUUUUUUUUUAAUUUUUUAAUAGAAAAAACGAGAAAUAUUUAAACAUUUCUAUUAAAGAUUAUUGCUGGAUUUGCUCGACUUCAAGCUCUUCUCAGAAGUCGUCAACUUGUUCAACAUUACCAAAACAUGCGAAACACAAUCAUUCAAUUCCAAGCAAUUUGCAGAGGAACACUUGUUAGACGAAAAGUUGUUGAAAUGCGAAGAAGAGGAGUUCAAAAAGCUCCGAUUAUUGUCGCGGAAACAUCUUCCAUCGAUUCAGUCAUUUCAGACACACACGAAGAAGAAUUAGUGAGUUUUCCGAAUAGUUUUUCUUUGAACUUUUUUAUUACCUGAAGGUCGAUUUAUUGGACGCCAGGAAUUCAAAGGUGAACUAGUGUUGUGUGGUGACUUCUCUCACUUUUUUUUGAAAUUGAAUUUUUGACUUCUCUGGGUUCUCUACUCUACUUACUUACAAUUACUAUGGGUUUUCAAUUCUAUUUUUCUAAUUAUUUAUUUUCAGGUCGGGCAUUUGUUUGAUUUCUUGCCAUCGGAUGGUAAAGAUUCUGGAAAUGAAAAUGAUUCAAACUACAGUAGUCGAAGAGGAUCAUAUUCAAAGAGAAACGUGAGUUCCACAAAAUCAUAAUUAAAAAUUAAAACACAAAAAAACAAAAAAAGUUUCUAGCCAUCACCCGUUUUACCAAUUGCUAUGACAUCAAAUGAAAUAAUCGUGGAAGAUGAUUUAUCAAAAUAUCAAUUUGGAAAAUAUGCCGCAACAUUUUUCCAAGCUCAAGCCUCUGCUGUUCAUGUUAAAAAACAAAUUAAAGUUCCACUCCUGACUCAUAAUGAUGCGAGUGCUCAACUUGGAGCAUUGGCAGUUUGGACAACUAUUUUGAGAUUUAUGGGUGAUUUACCAGAUGUUAAACCUGGCACCACACCUGGAACUGAUGAUUAUGAUAAAACACCAGUGAUGAGUAGAUUAUAUGCAACACUUGGAAGAAAAUAUUCAGCAAAAGAUGUUGAAGAAGCAUCAAUUGCAAGUGAAUAUGGAACGGGAAAUAAAACUUUGAAAAAAGGAAUGGGUAAGAAAUUGAUCAGUAUGACAUUGAAACGAAAAAGUAAAAUAACAACAUCGGAUACAUCUUCAAUGUCAUCAGAUAGCACAUAUUCUUCUGGAUUCAACGCUCUUCUAGAAAACAAGCCAAUGAGUAGUUUAGACAAGUUACAUUAUAUCAUUGGUCUUGGAAUUCUUCGAGAAGAUUUGCGAGAUGAAAUUUAUUGUCAAUUAUGUAAACAGUUGAGUGCAAAUCCAUCAAAAUUAUCAGCAGCAAGAGGAUGGAUUUUGCUAUCAUUGUGUGUUGGAUGUUUUGCGCCAAGCGAAAAAUUCAUCAAAUAUCUUUAUUGUUUUAUUCGAGAGCGUGGACCUGCUGGUACAGGAUAUUCUGCAUAUAUUGAAGAACGUUUGAGAAGAACACAAAUGAACGGAACGAGACAUCAACCUCCAAGUUAUGUUGAGUUGCAAGCAAAUAAAUCGCAAAAACCUGUGGUUCUUGCGGUAACAUUUAUGGAUGGAAGUGUUAAAACAUUAUGUGCUGAUAGUGCAACGACUGCUGCUGAACUUUGCAAACAAUUAUCUGAAAAAGUUGGACUUACAAAUUCCUUUGGUUUCAGUUUAUAUAUCGCACUUUUUGAUAAAGUAUCUUCUCUCGGAAGUGGAACUGAUCAUGUUAUGGAUGCUAUUUCUCAAUGUGAACAAUAUGCAAAAGAACAAGGUCGACAAGAGAGAAACGCUCCGUGGCGAUUAUUCUUCCGAAAGGAAAUAUUCAGCCCAUGGCAUGAUCCAAGAGAUGAUCAAGUUAGCACAAAUUUGAUAUAUCAACAAGUUAUUCGUGGAAUUAAAUAUGGUGAAUAUCGAUAUGAUAAAGAGGAGGAACUUGCAUCAAUUUGUGCUCAACAAUAUUAUAUUGAUGAAGGAUCUAUGGAUGUUACAAAAUUAGAAAAUCAUCUUCCGAAUUAUCUUCCAGAUUUUGAAAUGACUGGAAAAGAGAUGGGAUUGGAACGAUGGACACAAACUGUGAUGCAUCAAUAUCGCAAAAAAUUCACUGGUCGACUUCCAACUCCUACUGAAGUGAAAGAAGAUGUUGUAUCAUCUGCAAAAUCGAAAUGGCCAUUGUUGUUUUCAAGAUUCUAUGAAGCUUUGAAGUUUGCUGGUCCACCUCUACCUAAAAAUGAAGUUAUAAUUGCUGUCAACUGGACUGGUGUCUAUGUUGUUGAUGAUCGAGAACACGUUAUGUUAGAAUUCAGUUUUCCAGAAAUUUCAAACGCUGUCCACGGAAAGUAUGUUUCAUUAUAAAUAUAGAAAAUAUAUAUUGAAAAUUGAUAUUUUUCAGAGGCAAACGUAGUUCCACUGAUACUUGCACAAUUCGAAGUGUUGCUGGAGAAGAAUACACUUUCCAAUCACCAAAUGCUGAUGAUAUUACUAACUUGAUCAAUUCGUUUUUAGAUGGCCUCAAAAAGCGAAGCCGAUAUUUGGUAGCUAUCAAGUCACAGAAGGGAGAUGGUAAGAUUUAUAGUUUCGAAAUUCUCCCCUCACAUGAAACAUUACAGAAUCUAAUAACUUCCUGGAAUUUGAGAAAGGAGAUUUACUAACUUUGAUCAAUGAUUUCACUGGAAGCACAUUGUUAACUGAAAGUGUUGUUAGAGGUGAAAAUGCUAGAACAUGUCUCUUUGGUCUUAUUCGAUCCGAAAAUGUCUAUGUUCUUCCAACACUAGUGAAACCAACCAAAAACACUCUGCAAAUAUUCCCGAAAAAUGCCGAUCUUGCCCUAGAUCUUUUGAACAACAACAAUAAAAUGGUUCAUCAUAUAGAUUACAAUGCUGAACCUUACACACUUCAAAGUUUUGCAGAAGAAAAUUUCAAGUGAGUUUUUGAGAAAAAAAAUAUUUCUGGAAUGAUUUGUUUUUUGUAGCAUUCAAGUUCGUCGGGUUGGUUCACAAUUAUCUCUGAUGACUCUCCGAAAAAAAGAGACUAGCGUGGAGAACUGGAGAUUCUCUCGUGAACAUAUUGAUCAACCACUUUUGAAAAAAUUAAAUGGACGAGAUGAUGCUUCUAGAGGAGCUGUCGAAAUUUUCGCAUCAAUGAUGAAAUAUAUGGGAGAUGAGCCAUCGAAGCGAAAUCGAUUAGGAACUCAUUUAACAGAUCAUAUUUUCAAACUUCCAAUUUCGAUGGAAGUAUUACGUGAUGAAUUAUAUUGUCAACUUGUCAAACAGUUGACUUAUAAUCCAUCAAUAAUGUCAGAAGAAAGAGGCUGGGAAUUGUUAUGGAUGGCUACUGGAUUAUUUGCACCAAGUGCCACGUUAGCAAAAGAAAUAUCGCAUUUCCUUAAAAGUCGACCACAUCCAAUUGCAUUAGAUUGUCAAAAUCGAAUGCAAAAGUUGGCAAAGUAAGUUAUCCUCAUUACCAUGACAUACCUAAAUGUUUCAUUUUCAGAGGAGGAAAUCGAAAAUAUCCACCACAUCUUGUUGAAGUUGAAGCUAUCCAACAUAAAACUACUCAAAUUUUCCACAAAGUAUUCUUCCCUGAUAACACUGAUGAAGCAAUUGAAGUCGAUUCAGCAACAAGAGCUCGUGACUUUUGCCAAAAAAUUGGUUAUCGUUUGGGUUUGAAGAAUUCGGAAGGAUUCAGUUUGUUUGUGAAGAUCAAGGAUCGAGUCUUGGCUGUUCCAGAAGUCGAAUUUUUCUUUGAUUUUGUGAGACAACUUUCUGAUUGGGUUCAUACUAAUCACACAAUGCAGAAAGAUUUGAUCCCAAUCAAUUACCAAGUUUAUUUUAUGAGAAAAUUAUGGUUCAAUGUAACACCUGGAAAUGAUCCACAAGCUGAUUUGAUAUUCCAUUAUUAUCAAGAAUGUCCAAAAUAUUUGUUAGGAUAUCAUAAGACAACUAAAAAUGAUGUGGUUGAAUUAGCAGCUUUGAUUCUUCGAGCGAUGACAAAGGAUAAUAAACAUGCACCUUUAGCACAAAUACCUCAACUUAUUGAUGAAUUAGUGCCUAAAGAUUCAUUAAAAAUGUUCAGUGCUAGUGAAUGGCGAAAAGUCAUAAGUAAUGCUUAUGCGAGAGUUGAACAUUUACGAAUGGAUCAAGCUAAACUCGAAUUUCUUAAUUAUAUCUGCCGCUGGCCAACUUUUGGAUCCGCAUUUUUCCCGGUAAGAAUUGUUAUGUUGAAUUUUUUAAAUUCAGUGAUUUUUAUAGGUUUCUCAAUACUCUGACCUUAGUCUUCCUGAUAGAUUGCUCAUUGCAAUCAAUCAAAAUGGUGUCAAUAUUUAUCAUCCAGAAAAUAAAAACCUGCUUGUUCAAUAUCCAUUCAACGUGAUAUGCAAUUGGACAAGUGGAAAUACUUAUUUCAAUAUGACUGUUGGAAAUAUGCUCAAAGGAAAUGAGGGCAAAAAGUUAUUACUGGACACUACUAUGGUACAUUAUCAAUAUUUAGUUUUUACAAUUCAAAAAAAAUGAUUUUUUUAGGGUUAUAAAAUGGACGAUUUGCUUACCUCCUACAUCUCAUUGAUGAUAUCGAAUCAAUCGCAAAAUACACCAAAACAUCGAGAGAUGGCUCUAUAA